UAAGUAAAGUCGUUAAAUUCUUUUGUGAGGGGUUGAUGAGUAGGUUUUACUUUGUAUUGUAAUGUGAAAUCAAACAGCUAUAAAAAUAUGUUGUGAAAAUCUGCAUAACUAAAAUAUAUAAAUAGGAGAAAGAAAGGAAUUAUCAAUGCACUGAAUGUGAGAAAAAAUUUUAUACACAACGCGACUUAAAUAAUCACGAGCGGCAUCACACUGGUGAAAAGCCGUUUGUGUGCGAAGUCUGCGGAAAACGAUUUUCUCAGAAUGGAACUCUAAUAAGUCACAGAAGAGUGCACUUACAAGAAAAGAAAUUCAAGUGCAAUUACAAUGGUUGUCCUUUCACCACUAAAUGGAAAGUUUGCUUGAUUAGACACAUGAGUAGAAUACAUCAACAAACAAUCUCUUUUGAAUCAAAAGAGUCGAAAAUGAAAAUUUAUCCAUGCAAUAAUUGCAACGAAACUUUUGGAAGUCCAUCAUCUUUAAAACUUCAUAUGAGAUCUCACAACGGAGAGCAGCCAUUUUUAUGUAGUAUUUGCAGGAAAGCCUUCAGCAAUAAAUCAAAUUUGACUAGACACAAGAAAAAAUUUCAUCCAGAACUGGAAAACGAGCUUUUCUGUGGGGAAGAAGAAAUACACGAGCAGAUUGUUGUAGAUGAGAACAAUAAUGAACACGCAGGGAGUUUGUGUAAAACAACUUAUUCUAACGAAAUACUCUCUACAAAUGUUCAAGACACAGAGAUAAACGAAGAAAUGCAAUUAGAAGAAAACGAUUCGAAUUUGAAAAAUAUUCAUAAAUCUGUCUUUGACAUGGAUUUAAGUUUUAUAAUGGAAGAGUUAGAACCUUCAUUCGAAUUGGAAAUUUUCCCAGAAAUACAGAACAUAAACAACGAUAUUAAAUGCAUUUGGUGUAAUGAAGAAUUCCAAAAUGAAGUUUCUCUGAGGGAACAUGUGGAAAAAUCGCAUUAAUAAAAUCAUUUUAUAAAUAUAUAUUUGCUAAUGAUUAUUCAUGUUAUAUAUAUUAACAACUGUUUUGGCCUUCGACAUUAAAGACAGUCUGCCCAAAAAGGAGCCAACAUUUAUUUUUCGUGUUCCAGACUUCACACUCACGGCGACAGACUCUCCUUUAUAGGCUACCUGACGCCAGAAUUUUAAAACAGUCCUUUAAAAAACACAAUUACAUCCAAUUAAAAAAAAUCUUUUUAAAAAAGGAACUGGUGUUAUACAGACGUCUUGCUUUCCAUUCU